GGCAUUUCCGGGGCUCGGGCUCUGGCCAUGGAGGAAGAGGCAAGAGUGGUGCCCCAGAAGCGUUUCUACCGGCAGCGCGCACACUCUAACCCGCUGGCGGAUCACACCUUAUUCUAUCCUGCCAAGCCUGAGGAAAUGGACUGGUCUGCACUGUAUCCAGAGUUUUUUGCUCCUUUAACCAAUGAUAAUUGGCACAAUGAUCCAAAGAACAUGGAAAGAAUCAAACCUAGAUAUCAAGUGGAAUUUGCUGAUAUUGGCUGUGGUUACGGAGGAUUACUUGUGGCCCUAUCCCCCCUGUUUCCAAACACACUAAUGCUGGGCCUGGAGCUCCGUGUGAAAGUCUCCGAUUAUGUUUGUGACCGAAUCCAGGCACUCCGAGCCUCUCACCCUGGGCAGUUCCAGAAUAUUGCUUGUGUUCGCAGCAAUGCUAUGAAGUACCUGCCCAACUUCUUCUGCAAGGGACAGCUCCUCAAAAUGUUCUUCCUCUUCCCUGAUCCUCAUUUCAAGAAGACAAAACACAAGUGGCGGAUUAUCAGCUCCACUUUGCUGGCAGAAUACGCCUAUAUCUUGCGCGAAGAGGCCCUAGUAUAUACCAUCACAGACGUGGAAGAGGUGCACACAUGGAUGGUGAAGCAUUUUCGAGAUCACCCCCUUUUCGAGGAAGUGCCAUUAAAAGAAUUGGCCUCUGACCCCGUUGUAAGCCUCCUAGGAACCUCAACUGAAGAAGGGAAGAAGGUUCAGAGGAAUGGAGGCAAAGUCUUCCCGGCUGUCUUCCGUCGCGUCAGGGACAGGGAACAGGAAGAGGAAAUGGCAAGGACAUGACUGGGAGUUUCCUAAAUCCUUGAAGGCAUUCAUGUCUGCAGCAAGAAGACUGGAGAAAACGUAGGAUUGGAUGCUUCUGGCUGCCCUGGAAUUGACCUGUCAUAAAUAGGGGUGGAGAAUCCUUUCUGGUGAAACAUUUCCAUGUUGCAAAAGGAUUUUCUUGGUUCACAUGUUUGCUUCUUAAUUUUGCCCCUAGAAGGAAUACAUCCAACUGACCUUCCUGGUGACCAUAUAAAGGUCAGAAGUUCACAAGCAGGACCAAGAGUUAAGGAUGGAGGUGAGGCUCUUUUAAGUCAUAGUUUCAUUUGUCACUUUUAUUUUG